AUGGAUCCGGAAGAUCAGGAGAAGACAACUUUCACCUGCCCCUUUGGAACAUAUGCUUACAGAAGAAUGUCAUUUGGCCUGUGCAAUGCACCAGGAACUUUUCGAAGGUGUAUGAUGAGUAUCUUCUCUGAUUUGUUAGAACAAUGCAUCGAAAUUUUCAUGGAUGACUUCACCGUCAAUGGAAAUUCUUUUGAAUCAUGCCUUGGGGGAAUCUCUGCUAAAGAUGAAAUGCCACAGAUACCCAUUGUGGUUUGCGAGAUCUUUGAUGUUUGGGGGAUGGAUUUUAUGGGCCCUUUUCCUUCAUCGUAUAUGAAUUCUUAUAUUCUGAUUGCAGUGGAUUAUGUGUCCAAGUGGGUGGAGGCUAAGGCAACUGUAAUCUGCGAGGCGAAGGAAGUCGCAAAGUUUUUGAAAUCAACCAUUUUCAGCAUGUAUGGAAUUCCCAGAGCCAUAAUCUCAGACCAAGGUAUCGGACAUAAGGCUUACUGGGCAGUCAAAGAAGUGAACAUGCAACCUCAAGUUUGUGCAGAGGAAAGGAAACUCCAACUGCAGGAGUUGGAAGAACUCAGACUGGAAUCAUACGAUGCAGCCAUGUGGUGA